ACCCGGAUGAGGGCGCCCCGUCGCGAGUCUUUCGGUACCGGUGGCGGUUACUGGAAAGGCUGACCCGGACGAGAGCGGGUCGCAGAGGUUCGCCGACUCCUCCUUCUUCCCCGGAGCUGACCCGCAGACCUCAUCCGUAGUCCGCUCCCCUCGCCCUUCCCCAGACCCGGUCCACAUCCCCUUCUUAGCUCCAGAAGCCCUCGGGGCUGUUCCCUAUUUUGGAACCAGAAGAUACUGCAGAGGCCCAGAGAGGGGAGGAAGGUGACAUCGAUUUGUGCACCUCCCAGACUAGAACCGAGAUUCUGCUUGCCAUCUUCACUGUGCUCGGACCUGAUUGCACCCACGGGAUUGCCCAUCUCCCAGAAGCUCAGUGAGACCGUGUGAGGCAAACUUCCUUCAGAGCCGCCCCAUCAUGACCUCCAAGAAGCUAGUGAACUCAGUGGCAGGCUGUGCCGACGACGCUCUUGCCGGCCUGGUGGCCUGCAACCCCAGCCUACAGCUCCUGCAGGGCCACCGCGUGGCUCUCCGUUCUGAUCUGGACAGUCUCAAGGGCCGCGUGGCCCUACUGUCGGGUGGGGGCUCCGGCCAUGAGCCUGCCCAUGCUGGUUUCAUAGGGAAGGGGAUGCUGACGGGGGUCAUUGCGGGAGCUGUGUUCACCUCCCCGGCAGUGGGCAGCAUCCUGGCGGCUAUCAGGGCCGUGGCCCAGGCGGGCACAGUGGGGACCCUCCUCAUCGUGAAGAACUACACCGGGGACCGGCUCAACUUCGGCCUGGCCCGGGAGCAGGCCCGGGCGGAGGGCAUCCCUGUGGAGAUGGUGGUCGUCGGGGACGACAGUGCCUUCACCGUCCUGAAGAAGGCAGGCCGGCGUGGGCUCUGUGGCACAGUGCUCAUACACAAGGUGGCGGGUGCUCUGGCCGAGGCAGGUGUGGGACUGGAGGAGAUCACAGAUCGGGUGAGCGUGGUCGCCAAGGCCAUGGGAACCCUGGGAGUGAGCUUGUCCUCCUGCAGCGUCCCUGGUUCCAAACCCACUUUUGAGCUCUCCGCUGAUGAGGUGGAGCUGGGCCUGGGGAUCCAUGGGGAGGCUGGCGUGCGCCGGAUAAAGAUGGCGCCUGCCGACGAGAUCGUGGCGCUCAUGCUGGACCACAUGACGAGCUCCUCCAACGCGUCCCACGUGCCUGUGCAGCCCGGCUCCUCAGUAGUGCUGAUGGUCAACAACCUGGGUGGCCUGUCAUUUCUGGAACUGGGCAUCAUAGCUGACGCCGCCGUCCGCUCUCUGGAGGGCCGCGGGGUGAAGAUUGCCCGUGCCCUAGUGGGCACCUUCAUGUCAGCUCUGGAGAUGCCUGGCAUUUCUCUCACCCUCCUGCUGGUGGAUGAGCCCCUCCUGAAACUGAUAGAUGCUGAAACCACUGCCUCGGCCUGGCCCAGCGUGGCCAAGGUCUGGGUGACUGGGCGGAAGCGGAGCCGGGCUGCCCCCACGGAGCCCCUGGCAGCCCCUGACUCCACUGCUGCAGCAGGUGCAGCCUCGAAGCAGACGGUACUUGUGCUGGAGCGGGUGUGCACUACCCUCCUGGGCCUGGAGGAGCAUCUGAACGCCCUGGACCGCGCUGCCGGUGAUGGGGACUGUGGCUCCACCCACAGCCGUGCAGCCAGAGCUAUUCAGGGGUGGCUAAAGGAGGGCCCACUCCCAGCCAGCCCUGCCCAGCUACUCUCCAAAUUGUCCUUCCUGCUACUGGAGAAGAUGGGAGGCUCCUCAGGGGCGCUCUACGGCCUGUUCCUGACUGCAGCGGCCCAGCCACUCAGGGCCAAGACUGACCUCCCAGCCUGGUCUGCUGCCAUGGAUGCUGGCCUGGAGGCCAUGCAGAAGUACGGAAAGGCUGCCCCAGGUGACAGGACUAUGCUGGAUUCUCUGUGGGCAGCAGGACAGGAGCUCCAAGCCUGGAGGAGCCCAGGGGCCAAUCUGCUCCAGAUUCUGACCAAGGCUGUCAAGAGUGCAGAAGCCGCAGCCGAGGCCACCAAGAACAUGGAAGCUGGAGCUGGAAGAGCCAGUUACAUCAGCUCUGCGCGCCUGGAUCAGCCAGACCCUGGGGCGGUGGCAGCCGCGGCCAUUCUGCGUGCCAUCUUGGAGGUCUUGCAGAGUCAGGGUGUGUGAAGGCCUCCAUGGGCCUCAGGGCCUCUCUCACUGCUUUCCCCAGCAGCCACUGUCACUUCUGCCUUCUUCCGUCCUCCCCUCCCUCUGGCUCUUAAGACCUGUCUUCUGCAUUCAACAGGAUCUCCUCAGCCAGCCUACAGAUCUUCCACUGCAGAAACUGCAGGCCCAGAGUGGGUGUCAAUGCAUUCUCCCUCUUCGGGGAGGGGGCAGUUCUAGGGUCACCGGGCUCUGCCUCCAGUCAGUUCUGAGCUUUAAUAAGGCUUUUCCCUGGGUGGCAACACAGCCUUUAACUGGUGAUGCUAAUUUGGUUUUGAGACUCCCCGUGAAAGGUCUUCUGCACACGAACUGAGCCGGUGUGGAAAAGCCAGCCAAUAAACAACAC